GCAAAAGAAAACAAUGGGAAGAUCUCCUUGCUGUGAUGAGAAUGGUCUCAAAAAGGGUCCCUGGACCCCUGAAGAAGACAAGAAGCUGGUCCAACACAUCACAAAACAUGGCCAUGGAAGUUGGAGGGCUCUUCCUAAGCUUGCAGGCCUGAAUAGAUGUGGGAAGAGUUGCAGGCUAAGAUGGACUAAUUACCUAAGGCCUGAUAUAAAGAGAGGGAAAUUCUCCAAAGAAGAAGAAGAAACCAUUCUCAACCUCCAUUCCUUCCUUGGAAACAAAUGGUCGGCGAUUGCGACCCACCUGCCGGGACGGACGGACAACGAGAUCAAGAACUUCUGGAACACCCAUUUAAAGAAGAAGCUGAUCCAGAUGGGAUAUGAUCCGAUGACCCACCGCCCGCGGACGGACCUGUUUGCCAGCUUACCUCAAUUGAUUGCACUUGCCAACAUGAGGGAGGUGAUGGGGCAUAAUCCAUGGGAAGGACAGGCAGCCAGAUUACAAGAGGCUGUUCAGUUAGCCAAGCUCCAAUACAUGCAAUACCUUCUUCAAUCUGCAGUAGCAGUUGCAGCAACCUCCAAUGGCUUAAACAAUGCAGCAGACAUUGAUGCCGUCAGUAUGUUGAAUUCAAUCCCAUCACCGAAAGAGGCUGCAUUGUCCAGCCCUUGCCCACUAGAAAAUGCCAUCAGGUCUUCUUUCGAAAUGGAGUCAUCUCAACUGCCGCCGCUGAUCGACCAGGAGACCUUCCCUCCUUCGCCAGACCUCCAAUUUUCAUGUGAUUUUCAUCAACCCAUGAACAAUGAAAUAAAUCAAAAUCCAAACUAUGCAGUUUUCAGUCAAGGAGAUACAACACCCAAAUCUCCAUUGCCGCCUUCUCUUCCUCCCCUUGUGGAGAAUUCAAUCAGAAAUAAUGGUGGUGAUGCUUGUAGCAAUUCUAACUAUGGAGGAUGUGCUACUCCCUUUUGGUCUGACCUCUUUCUCGAAGACCCUUUCUUUAAUGAGAUUUUAUAAUUUAAAACAAGUGAGAGUUUUGAAAUUGCACUACUCUUUCCAUGUAUCAUAAACUUCUCUGCUGAUAAAUGCUCAAUGCAUCAACCUUUCGUUUGGUUUGCUA